GAGCCGAUCAUUCGCCCAAGUCGCUCAGUCAGUUGAAGCGAUCCAAGAGGUGCGCGCGUGCGGAGUUGCCAGAGCUGUAAUGUUUUCGUGGUUAUCAGUGACAGUGACAUGCAUGUCGGAAUCGGUACCAACCCCAAAACCGGCCAGUCAACCCUGACCGACGCCCACAACCAGUUCAGACCCCUACCGGUACCCCCAGAUCAGAACGCACUCGUUACAAGCCGCCACAACAACGAUGGUACCUCACUCAGAAGUACCACUCGGCCCUAUCAGUUCAACAAGUCCAAUUCUUUGGGGAACCUGAGCUUUAUAAACGUGGUAGGCCUGCCGUGCCAUCCAAGACAGACGUCGGUACCCUCGUCGACGACCAGGAAGGGUACCAACGGUACCAUCCUGCCGAUCCACUGCAGAAAUGCAUCGGAACCGACUACUAAGGUACCACAACACAUGAGUUUGACCAACAAUGUUCACGGUACCGCGGUGAAAGGUGGUACCUACGCCGAACCCAGCUGGAGCGGUACCCCAAGACUGAGUGGCGUGCCAUCCUCGUUAACCCCUAGAGAUCAGACCGUCGCAAGACCUAAUUAUGCCGGUACCACACUUGGUACCGAUGCGAACCAAACGAGGGAUAACGUGAGUAACGUCAACGUCAACUUCUACAGGGCUGUACCUAUGAAUGUGAUGUCUUCAGUGCCUACUAUCGAAUGUUUGAAUAAUCAGACUGCGAAGAAUGUUUCGAACGUUCAGAUAAUGCCGCUAAGUGGUUCAGGUACUGAUAGAAAUUCAGGUGGUACCUCGGUCGGUGUGUGUAGAACAUCUAUAACGAGUUGUCAAGUAACUGUAGAACAGUCUCCCACGCAUGUUAUUAGUUCUUCUGCGAACGAAACGGUGUCAAAUGUUUAUUUGCCAAGUAGGACUGUUGCACAAAGAACCUUCACGUCAACGGAGGCUCAGACUGAUGACAGUUCCUUAGGUUAUGGAGAUGUGGGUAACAACAAGGAGAGGAGACGUAGGGAGAGGAGAGAGAGGAGGCACAACCGCAGGGCUAAUCCUGUACAAUCCAGACCAACCACAGGAGAAACAAGCUUGCAAAAUUCCAGUUCUUCAACCCUUCCAGAUAUUUUGGACAGCCAUUUACCACCACCUUACACUACUCACCCUAACACCUUGCAAAGGAGUCAAGUGGCGCCGAUUCCUCCACCUUUAAGGACUAUACCUCAUUUGGGGAUGGUCCCUCAGCCUCUUCUGAUACCCUCUCAGCAGAUUUUGGGCAGCUUGGUGCCUGCUCCAAGUGUUGGACCCGGUUUGAUGCCUCAUCCAAGGCCUAGGACUGCUCUGCAGAGUACAGUGUCUAACAGCGGUGUCCCGCAUGUGUCCUAUCCUCCUUCUAAUGUGAUUUCCGGCCAAAUUCCCAUAGUGCGAAAUGUACCAGAGAACAGUUCUGGAUUUAGGUAUGCUCUGCCUGUUGGACAGUUCAGUAGAGAUCACUUUUCUGAAGAAACCCCAAAAAGUUGCUGUGGCGUGUUGACUUGGAAACCUGGAUCUCUAAAAUGGCUGCUAGCAUCAGUGGCAUUAGUAGCAGUAGGCUGUGUUUUAGUAGGAACUGCUUUGGGCACCAUGAGGCCUGCUGGCAGAGACCAUUUUACGAUAGCUUUGUUGAUGAUCGGAAUUGGAAUAGUAUUAGUGACAAUUAGUGGAAUAGCCUGGCGACUAGCAUCACAGAACGCAACAUCAUGCAGGACCAUGCUAGGAAUAGGAUCUUUGGAAUCUGUGGACGUCUGUACGAGGAGGUUCGUCCCAAGGCUACCACCAACCUAUGGUCGACCUCACCAUCCUUACGCUGCUAUGAUGUACCCUGAGUUCCAAUACAGGCCACCUCCCCCUACUUAUCAGGCUUCGAUGCAAGAAUAUAGGUUGAGGUUGCUGCUGAUAGAUAGAGGAGGCACACCGCAGAUACAGUCUGGUGCUCAGAACGCUGUGGCUCCACCACCCACCUACAGGAGUCAUUCUGGGAGUUUGAUAAGGGAUCAAGCGUCGACAAGAAACGACGCAACAUGGUCAGAAUACAGCUGUCCACCAUCCUACAGGUCUCAAGCCCAAUUGGGCUCAAUAGCAGACUCAAUUUCAGUCCACACCAGAGAUCCAUCGCUGACAGUCUCCGAGAGGGCCAACGACAACAAUGUGGAGGUGGUGAGCAUCCUCAGAGAGGCGCAGGAAGAAGUCAACCUGGAAGGAACGAAGACGGAACAAGAGACCAACCGGUAUAAGUUGAUACUGGAAGACUGCGGUGGCAGUUUUGAGACAGACAAGGAGGAUAACUUAGUGACGAUUGUACAGACAGACGAACGUAGUCCGGUUAUAGUAACAGUUAGUGGUAGUUCUAGUACGGAUAAUACGAGUAGUAGUAACAAAUUACCAAGUGAGAUUCAGAUCCUAGCCCAUUUAUAGUAGUGCAGUUUAUUCGGAUUUUUAGAUGAUUUGAGGGAAAAAAUAAAGAUGGAAUAGGUUAGGAAAUCCUCUCCAGCAAUACGGGAAUUACUAUCUCCUAAAAAACCUUACUGCGGCAAUUAACUCGCUGUUGAGAUGAACUGACAAUAGCCAAUGGCUGAGUUCAGCAAAAAGAGCAGUUGCAAAUCUGAUCCCCUGAGCGCUCUAAGAUCCUAAAGUUUAAAGAGUGGGACUAACACGUCAUCCGGUAUCCGUAUCACCAUUGGCCAAGGUCUAUAGAUUAGACGUCGCCUCGUAACUUGCAACCAAUCAGCGUCAACCAUUCGUGACGUCAACCGGUAUCCCCUAUCAACUUGAAAGUUACGAGGCAACCUGUCUAAUAUAUAGAUCUUGGCGCUCACUGAUCAUAUUCGUUCAGUGGAAAUUCUUCCAACUGUUGUAUUUGCUGAAUGCUGUAAACUUUUAACAAGCUAACAGAUGACGUUUACUAUGAAGGAGAUGUGUGACAGCUGAGCGAGCAUUUUAAGUAACGGCUAAGUAAACUUUCCCAUAACCUUUCAUUGGGUACUUCAACGAAGAAAGCCAAAAAAAAAUUCAAAAGCUACACCACAUAGGGUAGACAUAGAAUAGAAUGUUCUACUAAGUAUGUCUAAGGGUUAUACUUAAAUGUGACGUGAUUCGCUCUGAUUGGUGUUUUAGAUAACAUUGCUGAAACAUUCUAGAAACUCGCCAAAUUAUUCAUAUUUUUCUUAACUUCCAAUUUGGUUAACCUUUCAUAAUAAGGACCAACAAUGCUCCAUUUUUGGAGACCUAUAUCUUGCCUAAAAUUUAAUUUCGACAAAUGGCUCUCCUGUAUCUGCGAUUUCUAAAAAGAAAAACAACAUUUUAAAACAGAGUUUUCUAUUGUUCCUAGACGUGAUCUAAUCAGGUUUUCACUUAACGUUUUGCCUACGACUGCUGAAGAAAAUUUUCAGAAGUUUCAAGGUCUUAAAUUAUACUACAGCAUUAUUUUUUUUCGAGCCUUUUUUCAUAUAUUCAGUCCUAGAUUUUCUGCCGUGAAAUAAUCUUACUUUUUUCCUUGUUUCCGAUUAGUUUCUCUGACUUAGGCAUCUAAUUAUCUGCAUAACGUUAAUAAUAUUACGAAAAAGGCCGAAGAAGCGCUGUGAAGAAAAGCACCAAGCAACAAAAGAUUCCUCAAUCUUAAGAAAUAUGCCACUUUUUACACUCCUCAUCUUGUCAGAGAUUCCACCAAAUGACUCUUCUACAUUGUACCGUUUUUAUUAAAUUCAAAGCCAUUUGAAUGCCAAAUUAGUUCGAAGGCAAAACACCAUACCUUUUUUCAGUGCCUUUUUCAUCCUCUAUAAUUCCUUGUUUAUACAUUUCUAGAUUUUCUACCGACUGCCAUGCCACUUUUCUUUUUUUCCUUAUUUCUGAUUUCCUUUUCAAGUUAAUUUUCCUCAUUUGUCCAAUAAUAUCACGAAAAGGGCACAAAGGAUUUCAAGUAAUUAUAAGAAAAAAGGCACAAUGUACUUCACCGAAAAAAAGUUUAUUAUUUGAAUUGACAUCAUCCUUUUUUCCAAAACUUGUUAAAAUUAUAAAUUCACUGAUUCUGCCUAUUUGCCUUAUAUUAUUUUGGGAAAAUAGGCACGAUGAAAUAAGAAUUUUAAGUUCUUUAACAGAACGUACGUUUUGAGAGAUGAAUUUUUGAUCGAACAGAAGAAAGGUUUGAAAGAUAAAAUAUCAGCCUCGAAGAAUUCGAAAAGUAUUAUAAAUUAGUUAAUUGCUAACUAAUUAGAAAACCACAAACUUCAGUGUCCAUUUGUUAUGUUUGUUAUAGUCCUUUUUUCGGACUUUUACAUAUUUCUUGGCGUAUGUUGAGAAUCUUUUCACAAAAAUUAUCCUUGAAACAAAAAUAUGUUUGUAUAUAUCCCAUAGAAUUUCAUUACAAAAAAAUCCAUAAAAUUUUGUACAUACUCCAUACCAACAUCAAAUGAAAAUGGGCAUCACAAACUGAGCUCAAAACCCCAAACCAGUUUAAAUAUUUUUAUCGUUAUAUUUUCUGAGAAGGCUUUAAAAACCUAUUAUUUCUACUUCUAUUCAAGUUUCCUGUUCGACAGAGCUCUACUUUCGUACAAAUUCGAAUAGACUGUACUGUAUAAUAGGAUUAAUUCAACAGUAUUGAUAUUAAAAAUAGUGUAUAUUUUUUACAUGUAUAUUACAUACUCGUGUGUGCCUAUAUAUCUGUAGAUAUCCAGAUAUUUUAUAUGAAUUUUAGUGUGGAAUAGAUUAAAUAUAUCAGAAAGUUUAA